AAAGCCCGCUCCAAACUUCUCAGCUGUUGACAGGCUUGACUUGCUGAGAACACUGGUUAAAUAUAGCACAAACGGGCUGAGCUCAACAAAGUCAUCGCUGUAACACUGUGUGAAGAGACCAGAAGAGGGGAAAUACAAUCUGAGAACUAAACUGCCAAAGCCUAACACCACCUAGCAACAGUUGAAAAAACUUUUAAACAAAAGUGGGGGUGAGCCACAGACAGAGCAUACCUCCUGCUCCUCCUGCCUGGGAUUUCUGCGGGAGGCAGCUCCGCUCUUCUGUUCUCUGCCCCGUUUCCUUCAUUGCUUCAGCUGCUGGUAGACCCAGAAAAGUGGGGAAAGUUUCUCUCUCUGUGUUCUCCUGGGCUGGAUCAGUCUGCUCCUGCGGGACGAGCUUCUGGGAGCUUUUACUGCGCUCUAAAGGAGAUAUUCCCAGGGUCGUGUUGCCCACAGGUAGGGAUGAGAUCCCGAAACCAAGGUGGAGAAAGCUCGUCUAACGGGCACUUCUCCAGUUCCAAGCCUGUCAUCAGCCAUGCAGAGCACGAAAAGCUUCAGGAGGAUGCCAAGAAAAAGAACAAACCUCAUCGGAAGGAAGAUGAGGUCAUGGUUUCAGCAACUGUCAAACGACACUCAAAAUCACCUGGACCUACUGAACGAAAGAACAAGAAGUCCAUAGAGCUUUCCAAAGAGGACUUGAUAAAACUUCUCAGUAUAAUGGAAGGAGAACUGCAGGCCAGGGAGGAUGUGAUCCACAUGCUGAAGACAGAGAAAACCAAACCUGAAGUUUUAGAAGCUCAUUAUGGGUCGGCAGCUCCAGAGAACGUGCUCCGAGUGCUACACAGGGACGCCAUCCUUGCCCAGGAAAAGUCUAUAGGGGAAGACGUCUACGAGAAACCAAUAUCAGAGCUGGACAGACUUGAAGAAAAGCAGAGAGAGACGUACCGGCGCAUGCUGGAACAGCUCCUGUUGGCAGAAAAGUGCCAUCGCCGCACCGUUUACGAGCUAGAAAAUGAGAAACAUAAACACACGGAUUACAUGAACAAGAGCGACGACUUCACCAACCUCUUGGAACAGGAGCGGGAGAGGUUGAAGAAACUUCUUGAGCAGGAGAAGAUCUAUCAAGCCCGGAAGGAGAAGGAACACACAAAGAGGCUCAAUAAACUAAGAGAAGAACUAGUCAAGCUCAAAUCAUUCGCACUCAUGCUGGUGGAUGAGAGACAAAUGCAUAUUGAACAACUCGGUCAGCAAAGCCAGAAAAUACAGGACUUAACCCAAAAACUAAAGGAAGAAGAAGAAAAGCUUAAAAUUAUUAGCGCGAAAACAAAAGAAGAUGGGCAAAAACUGAUGAGGUUGGAGGCAGAACUUGAACACAAAACAUCCUCGUUUUCUCAGGAACAUGAGGAGAUGACCGCUAAACUGGCCAAUCAAGAGUCACAUAAUCGACAGCUGAGGCUUAAACUGGUGGGGUUGACUCGCAGAAUAGAGGAGCUAGAAGAGACUAACAAAAACCUCCAAAAAGCUGAGGAGGAACUUCAAGAACUAAGAGAUAAAAUUGCCAAAGGGGAAUGUGGAAACUCUAGCUUAAUGGCAGAGGUGGAGAACCUCCGCAAGCGCGUGCUUGAAAUGGAGGGGAAAGAUGAAGAGAUCACAAAAACCGAAUCCCAGUGUAAGGAGCUGAAAAAUAAACUACAAGAGGAAGAGCACCAUAGCAAAGAGUUGAAACUUGAAGUGGAAAAAUUGCAGAAAAGAAUGUCAGAACUAGAGAAGCUGGAAGAGGCUUUCAGUAAAAGUAAGUCUGAAUGUACCCAGCUGCACUUAAACUUGGAGAGAGAAAAGAAUUUGACUAAGGAUUUGAUAAAUGAGUUGGAAGUGGUGAAGACACGAGUGAAAGACCUCGAGGCAUCAGAAAGCCAGUUGGAAAAAGCUGAAAUAAGCUUAAAAGAUGACCUGACAAAGCUGAAGUCGUUUACUGUAAUGUUGGUGGAUGAACGAAAAAAUAUGAUGGAAAAAAUAAAACAGGAGGAAAAAAAGGUUGAGGGUCUAACCAAGAAUUUUAAAGUUGAACAAGGGAAAGUUAUGGAUGUAACAGAGAAGCUGAUAGAAGAAAGUAAGAAAUUUUUGAAACUGAAAUCCGAAAUGGAGGAAAAGGUGUCCAGUUUGACAAAGGAAAGGGAUGAGUUAAUUGGCAAACUGAGAAGCGAAGAAGAAAAAUCCUCUGAACUAAGCUGUAGAGUUGACCUGUUAAAGAAAAGACUUGAUGGUAUGGAGGAAGUAGAAAGAGAAAUUACAAGAGGUCGAAGCAGGAAAGGACCAGAGCAUGGGUGUCAUGAGGACAACAAGAUCAAAGAACUGACCGUUGAAAUUGAAAGGCUGAAAAAACGUCUCAAACAAUUGGAAGUGGUGGAAGGAGAUUUGAUGAAGACGGAAGAUGAAUAUGAUCAGCUGGAGCAGAAAUUUAGGACUGAGCAGGACAAAGCUAACUUUCUUUCUCAGCAGCUGGAGGAGAUGAAACUCCAGAUUGCCAAAACCAAAGCCAUAGAAAAGGGUGAAGCGGUGAGCCAGGAGGCAGAGCUCAGGCACAGGUUUCGUCUGGAAGAGGCCAAGAGCAGAGACUUGAAAGCAGAAGUUCAAGCUCUGAAGGAAAAAAUCCACGAGCUAAUGAACAAAGAAGACCAGCUUUCUCAGCUCCAGGUCGAUUAUUCGGUGCUGCAGCAAAGGUUUAUGGAAGAAGAAAAUAAAAACAAGAGCAUGGGGCAGGAAGUUCUGAAUCUAAGCAGGGAGCUGGAGCUUUCGAAGCGUUACAGCCGUGCUCUGAGGCCCAGCAUAAACGGACGAAGAAUGGUUGAUGUUCCUGUGACGUCCACCGGCGUGCAGACAGAUGCUGUCAGCAGUGAAGCAGUAGAAGAGGAAACCCCCGCAGUGUUUAUAAGGAAAUCCUUCCAGGAGGAGAAUCACAUCAUGAGCAAUCUGCGACAGGUAGGUCUGAAAAAACCCAUGGAGCGUUCUUCAGUGCUCGAGAGAUACCCUCCGGCAGCAAACGAACUCGCCAUGAGGAAAUCUUGGAUACCCUGGAUGAGAAAGAGGGAAACUGGGGCUCAGGCAACUCCUGAUAGAGGAACCCGAGCCCACAGUAGCCCAGCGCAUCCCGGGGAGGUUGUCCUUUCACCAAAGCAGGGUCAACCUCUUCAUAUUCGAGUGACACCAGACCAUGAGAACAGCACGGCUACCUUGGAGAUAACCAGUCCAACCUCAGAGGAAUUUUUUUCGAGUACCACUGUCAUUCCUACUUUGGGAAAUCAGAAGCCACGCAUAACCAUCAUUCCCUCUCCAAACAUUAUGCCACAAAAGGGAAAAGGCAGCGAAAGUCCCAUGGGCCCAGAUCGUUCCAUGUCUCCAGUCACUAUCACGACGUUCUCCAGGGAGAAGUCCCCAGAGGGAGGGAGAGCACCCUUUGCCGACAGACCCGCGUCCCCAAUUCAGAUCAUGACGGUAUCGACGUCCGCAGCCCCGGCAGAAAUCUCUGUCUCUCCACAGUCACAAGAUAUGACCAUGGGAAGGGCUGUCUUCAAAGUAACGCCGGAAAAACAAACCGUCCCCACUCCCAUCCGCAAGUACAACGCCAACGCCAACAUCAUCACGACGGAAGACAACAAAAUCCACAUCCACUUGGGUUCCCAGUUCAAACGCUCUCCCGCUGCCGCAGCCGACGGCGCCAGUCCCGUGAUAACGGUCCGGCCGGUGAACAUGGCGGCGGAGAAGGAAGUCGUGACGGGCACCGUCCUGCGAUCGCCCCGCAACAACCUGUCCUCGCGCCCUGCGGCCAGCAAGGUGACGAGUACCAUCACCAUAACCCCCGUGACAACCUCUUCCACCCGAGGGACACAGUCGGUGACAGGACAGGAUGGGUCAUCCCCGAGACCUGCCCCCACCCGCAUUCCCGUGUCAAAAGGUAUGAAAGCAGGGAAGCCGGGAGUGGCAGCCCCCGGAGCAGGAAAUGUGACAAAAUUCGAGCCUCGUGCCGAGACUCAGUCUAUGAAAAUAGAACUGAAGAAAUCUUCAGCCAGCGGCUCUGCCUCCCUGGGCGGGGGCCAGGGCUGAUGGCCGUGGCUCAGGGGAGAGUGUCAUCAUUCACCAGUUACGCAUGAACUCCCGAUGAGUCGCCGUCCCCACCGCACGUCUCCGUGGGCACCUCCCUCCCUGCCCCAUGGACGGGGCGCGGUAGAAGCUCUGCCACUGACACCAGGGUCACUCGUGCUACUGAUUAUUCAUGGAAGUAUUUGGUGCUUCCAUUAGAUUUUAUAUAUAUUUUUUUUUCUCUCGGUAGAGCUUUAUGAAGGGCCUUGCUGAUAUUUUUAAAGUCCAUAGUCAGAGAGAGCAGUCUUUCUGCCGGCUGAAUUUCACUUUUAUUUGCAAAGCCUGAGGCACGUGCUUGGUUUUGUUUGAUGUUUGCCAUAUAAUUUAUUUUUAUAAUACACUUUGUAAAGUAACUGUCCCAAAGUUGCGAUUCCUGUUGUCCGUGGCGCGUUUGUUUGUAGAAUACACUGUCAGACUCGCAAGUUGAUAUUUUUGUAACAGAGAGUAUGUAAAGAAAGAAAAAUUUUAACUUUGGCAAUGUUUUGUGUUUAAAUGGAAAGAAUGUUCAGCACAUUUUAUUUUUGCCACCGUGAGAUGCUGUGAGACUCGACUCUCUGCAGACUGCUGUAUGGAAUCUGUACUGUCGCAGAAUAGUUCUUGCACUGUGUGAUGGGUUGGCAUCAAAUUAAGUAUUAAAGUCCAAUGCCUUGAAAUACAACCAGAUUUACUCAUUUUAAACAACCUAAGCCAGUUUUUAAAGCUGUGAUUUUUAUUUUUUUUUUUCUAUAUAAUGUAUGUUUUUACUUCUGCCUGUACCAAAAAAAAAGCCGAUUUUCAUUACAUGGAAACUAAUAGAUUUUCACAACUAUGCAAAUGUAAUGAAGCGUUUGAAUGUUAAGGCUGGUUUCUGCAGGCUGACAGUGCCCGUCCAGUGUCUGUCAGUGACAGUGUCUGUGCGUGCCCACAGGGACAGAAGGGGUGGCUUUGGCAGCUCCUUUUCCCAGCUGGAAUCCCAGGGACGGACACAGUGAGACUGGUUCAGGUGCUUUGAGACACGGAGCAGGAUCUGUCACCCGGCCCUUAAUGACCUGAGGAACCUUGUGCUUUCCUGGAGCUGGCAGGAUGAGAAGAGUUGGUCCUGGAGCAGUGGGACUGUGCAAAGGAGAUGCCAACGUGCCCUGCCCUGCGCCCAAGGGCACAUUUCACACCGGGGGCCGUGGCUUUUCAAGUAGCACCCGGAGAGUUCUGAGGCAGCUGUACUGAAACUGAUUUUUAGAAAGAAUUUCUACAUAAAGCCGGUUACAACCCAGGCAGGGCCUUUUUUAUCCUACGCAUUUCACCAUGAAUUAUUUUUAAUCUCAGUCAUUGGCACAUAUUUAAAAUACUGUAGAUUUCUUUUAGUUGCAGAAGCUACCGGGAGAAGCUGCUUUUCGGAAGGGCAGGAGGAGUCUCUUGCAGGAGACACACCGUGAGACCCCGGGGAUUGUGCAUGAGCUCAGCCUCCUGCAGAGAUGAGUAACUCAGUUCUUCAAAGCUGAAAUAUUGUGCUGCUACAGAGUCCAUUGGAUCUUCACGGGAGCCACUGGAGCUGCUUCUCCCUCUAGACAGGAGCUCUGUGGCGGAUGCUGAUGCUGCAGAGAAGCAGGAUGUUCUGGGACCUGGUGGAACUGCCGUGGAGUUGAUCUGGGCUGGAAAGAGUUUGCUGACGCAGCCGCACCGAGCAACCAAAAGAAAUUCUGCUCAUCCUUGCUAAAGAGUCAUUUUGUUGGUAGAGCUUCCACUUCAGCUGGCACCGGGGGGUUUUAAGGAGUGUGUGGUUUUCUCUUCGGGCAGACAAUGUGUCUGCGGAUCCUGCGUUAGAGAGAGCUGAGAAUUCCAGCUCUGGGAGAGCAACACAUCCGAGAUGAAUAAAGCCUAGUCCGUGCCACACUGCAGCGCACCGGGGGGCAGAGGGAAGGCUGGAAUCACCCACAGCUCCCACUUCCACAGCGUCACUCGGGAAUCAAACCCACCCACGUUAAGAACUACCCUGAGCUCCUCUGGAACGACACCGCCGGCUGUUUGAAAGCGACAGUGAUGUGCCUCAAAGAAACCUCAGCUUUUAAGUAUGAAUAAGAUACAAGCGAAAUCUUAUUCUGAAUUGAGUCUCAGUUUAAAAGGUCUCAACCAAAGUAGAAAAUAUUUUUCCUCGUCUAGAUUUUAAUAUAAAGCCGAUUCAGCAGGAGUGUACGUGUAAGGAUUUAUGAUUCCUAAACAAAUACAGGAACAUCUCCGGUUUCACAAAUACAUUAAGUUUUUAAGCUUUACAAAAUAAAAGUUUGUUUAAAGCGUAA